AUUCUUCCGGCUAUGGGUCCUAUACUUCACCGUCUCGCCCGAACAGCCCAAGUGGCUGCUCUCGGGGGCACAGCUGGCCUGAGCUCCUUCUUUAUUUACACACGGAAAGAUGAAUUGGUUCCAAUCGAACCAACAGAUCGUAUAUUCAGAAUUGUCCGCGAGCAGAACUGGAAUCCUCAUGGGAAUCCCUUCACUCAAGACUUCUUCGUCCGACGUGUCCCGCUGAACCAGAUACGCCCCGAACUUCGAGACCAACCGGACAAGCUGACAGAUGCGUUUUGUGCGGGCGUAUGGAGUAACUGGGGCUUCUUUCUCCAACGAACUCUCUUGAAUGCGCUAGCUCGGAAUCCUUCCAAUGAAAAACACCUUUGGACUCGCGAGGAUUUUAUGUCGUCAACCUACGAGCCUGGGACCCUAAUGGCAGAUUCAUUCGAGGUGCUGGAGAAGACAGAUGGUCGUAUUGUCAUUCGAGGCGGUGAUCAUCCCUCAAAAAGGGAUACGCGCCCAAUGGACGCCAUUCUAGAGUUGACAAGUGUUAUGAAAGAGGAUCAGACUAUCGAAUUCGGAUUCAAGUCCCUCUUUUAUACCGGCGACACCAAGACCGGACAGCCCCCGAUGCCAUGGCCUGUGGUUUGGCUCCACUUGCAGUAUGCUAAGCUAUUACUAGAAUCUGGGAUCUCGAAUACAACUAUAUGA